AUGGCUAUUCCCAGAGAUUCCAAACCCGGAUGCGACAUAGAUAGAACUCGUUGCCAUGUCUGUUCAAGGGAAUUUUCAUCGCCAUCUAACAGAAACAAGCAUGCACUUCGGCUCCACAAUACACCCACCCCUGCGAAUGUUGGAAGACCCUCACUAGGUGGAAGGAAACAAGCUAACCAUAGGUACUACAAGAAAAGUACAACAGAACAAGUCAGACCCAAGUGUGCAUUGCUUUUGACAUCAGCAAGAGAAGAAUUCACGGCUUUGGACAAAGGGUUCUCGUUAGCGCUGUAUCGUACUUACCUUAAACAAUGGCAUUUACAACUCGAAAAGUCCAUACAGAUUAUGACUCUCCCAUCACUCAACCAUUGGCAAAGCGACUCAAGCUACUGGGAAUUUUUGACAUUCGAACUCGUGAUCCGUUACGUACGGAAUUAUGAAUUGUUCUUUGAGCAUGAAGUCUUCUUUAAUUCGACGUCUCCCCUGAGUGUUAUAUAUUCUAGCAAUAGCUACUCUCGCGAGCAUAUGGUUGUUUGUCAAAAGUUUUGGACUACCCCUAUGUCCAAAUUUAAUUGUUUACUUAGAGCUUACUGUAAAGCUUUUAUGGGAUAUUAUCAUGCUCAAUAA